CUCUUAACUAAAAUGAGGUGUUUUUCCGAUAAUUUGGCCUGCGAAUUCUCCACGAAAAAUUCUAACUGGCAAUGCGAGAAACAGAAAGAUAGAUCUUCUCCCUCUGUAUAUAUACAUUGGGAGGAACAUCUGUUUCUUUGCAUUCCAGAAGGAACGAACAUAGAGAAAAGAGAAGGAAAAGAAAGAAGAGAUUGAGAGAAUUUGUCUCUGCUUUUUACUUUACUUUUGAUUUGCUUAGAUUAUAUCACCCAACAUUCGAUAUAUAAUUCUGGGUUUACGUUAUCCAGGAUGGAAUGGUCUGCAGCAUCUGCUACCAAAGCUUAUUUUGAUACCCUUAAACUGUGUGAAAAUCACAGAAGAAGAUCUAAUUCAUGGAAAACAAGAGAGCUUGGGAGCACUGAAUUCCUAUCAGCCUUAGCAGCAGGAAUGAGAGCAAAGCUGAUUGUAGAGGUAACACCUCGUGUGUCCCCAUCGACCAUAGCAUUAGCAACCGCUGCACGACAUACCGGUGGCAGGCUUGUGUGUAUCCUCCCAGAGCCAGUUCUCCCUGAAUCAAAGAAAAUUGUUAAGGAUAUGGGUCUUAAAGAUGCUAUAGAAUUCAAAACUGGAGACCCAUCUGAGUUAUUGCCAAGCUACCGGAACAUUGAUUUCUCUCUUGUUGAUUGCAAGAAUGACGAGUGCACACGGUUGCUAAAGUUGCUAGACGUGAAUCCGCAAAGAUCGAUGGUAGUAGCCAACAACUUGGUGGGUGAUAAGAAAUGGUUGGAAGGCCAUGUUAGAGAAAAGAAGGAAAAGAUUGCAGUGAGGUCCAUUAAGUACCCUAUAGGGACAGGCAUGGAGGUUACAAUGAUUAGUGGAACAAAUGGGAUUGAGAAGCAGAAUCAAAGCCCCUCUCGAGGCAGUUCUUUGAGGAAAAACACCACAAAGAGCAACUGGGUUGUGAAUGUUGAUGAAAACGGCGAGGAACACAUCUUCAGGGUGAUCAACUCUACUUCAGAAAUUAAACAGUGCAAUAAAAAUCAGCAGCCCCAAACUCAAUCUUACCAUCGACAGCAAAAACUUUGAGCUUCAGAUGGUAAAACCGAUUCAGGUGAACAUCGAGGUUGCAUCUUUCGUUUGAUUCUGCAAACAGAGAACGCAGUAAGAUCAAAUCCCAUCAAAAUCACAUAUGAAGUUAGCGCAAUAUGAACUCUCUGAUGCUAUGGUAUAUUUGUUUUGAUGGAAUUCAUUGUCGGCAAUUAUACCUCAAGGAAGCAAGAGCUGAAGUAGAUUUCUGCUUAUUUUGCUUACGUUGGAAUGAGAAUGUAACUCCGGCAUAUAUAGAAACACUGCUUAUAGUUAUCUGCCACAGGAGAAAUGAAGAGGUUAUGAUACUGAUUAUAGAGUAUAUCCGAAGCAGAGUCUAUCCUCCAUCAAAGUUUUGAAGAAUGAUCUAGCUUCAAAGACUUGCAUUAGUUUUCAAUGUAUAGCUACUAUGAAAUUACACUGAGAAGAUGGUGGAAGCAGUGGGUAUGUGUGUUGAGUGUCUACUGGUUUGGUGAUUAUUAGGUUAAGUCAGGGUCUUCUAGAUCAUUUGGCCAUGGGUAUUUAGCCCUAGUUUUCCUGUGUUGGGUAUCAUAUAACAAACUCGUUGAUGAUCGAUCCAUCGUGGAUCUAAUACUUCAUAUCUUUCCGAUGUGGGACUUGUUAUAUGGGGUUUUAACAGUUAUCAUAGGCACCAAAUACACAUAGCGAUGUUUGUUGCCAUUAUGGACUUCGUCACUAUAUACAAAUGCAUAUUUCUCCUGAUAA